GGGCGAGCGAGCGAGAGGGAAAGGGGGAGAGGAGAGAGUUGUGGAGGUCCUUCGAGUUGGGCAAUCACGGCUAGGUUUGGCGCACGCCGUUGCCCCCUCCAACCCCAGGUGGAGACCCUAAAGCUCGGCGCCGCCGCCGUGUUGGACAAGAACCGCACCCCCGCACCCCACGGUGGUCGAGGCGCCCUCCCCUCCGCCGGUGGUAGCCCCUCUGACCUCCUUUUCCUCGCCGGCGGCGGUUCUCGCUGCUUCCUCCUCCUCCACCACCUCUCCUUUUUUCUUGUUCUCGUUUGAGUAACCGCGAGAAACAAGGCGCCGAAAGAUGCUGUCCAUCAAGAGGGUUCCCACCGUGCUCUCCAACUACCAGGAGGAGAACGCUGGCGAGCCCCUCGGCUGCGGCCGUAGCUGCCUCGGCAAGUGCUGCUUGCCCGCCUCGAAGCUUCCGGUUUAUGCCUUCAAGAACGACCCAAGGCCGAAAGCUUCGUCCGUUGGGACGGACGAGCUGCCGCCUGACUUCUUCCUCAACACCCUGUUGCUCGGACAGUGGGAGGAUCGGAUGAACCGUGGGCUGUUCCGGUACGAUGUCACUGCGUGCGAGACCAAGGUGAUCCCCGGAGACCAUGGCUUCAUCGCGCAGCUGAACGAGGGUCGCCACCUCAAGAAACGUCCCACCGAGUUCCGUGUGGAUCGCGUCCUCCAGGCUUUUGAUCCUGCCAAGUUUAAUUUCACCAAGGUGGGGCAGGAGGAGGUGCUCUUCCGCUUUGAGGCCGCUGGAGGCGAUGAGGCUCACCUCUUUGAGAGCGAUGGCAACGAAGGAACCAAAUCUCCCAGCGUAGUUGCGAUCAACGUAAGCCCUAUUGAGUAUGGCCAUGUGCUGCUGAUUCCCCGUGUGCUCGACUCAUUGCCUCAGAGAAUUGACCAGGAGAGCUUCUCGCUCGCCCUUCGUAUGGCUUCUGAAGCAGGAAGCCCUUACUUCAGGCUCGGUUACAACAGUUUGGGUGCCUUUGCCACCAUCAAUCACCUGCACUUCCAGGCUUAUUACUUGUCUGUGCCCUUUCCGGUGGAGAAAGCUCCUACAGCAAAGAUACCCACAAAUCAGGGUCGAUCCAAGAGCGGAGUGACGGUCUCACGCUUGCUGAACUAUCCUGUGAGGGGUCUCGUCUAUGAGGGAGGAAAACAUUUGAAGGACCUGGCUGAUAUGGUUGCUAAUUCAUGCAUUUGGCUUCAAUCAAACAAUAUCCCUUUUAAUGUGCUUAUUUCUGACUCAGGCCGGAGGGUCUUCCUCUUCCCCCAGUGUUAUGCUGAGAAACAGGCACUUGGUGAGGUAGGCCAAGAGCUGUUGGAUACACAAGUGAACCCUGCUGUUUGGGAGAUCAGUGGCCACAUGGUGCUGAAACGGAAGAAGGACUACGAAGAGGCAUCAGAGGAUUAUGCUUGGAGGCUCUUGGCAGAGGUCUCCCUCUCCGAGGAAAGGUUCCAUGAAGUGAAAACCUACAUCUUUGAGGCCAUAGGUCUUGUGGAGCCUGAAGAAGAAAUGAUCCAUGAAGACGAGGAGAAAGGGACUCCAUCAAAUUCCUCAGAUCCAAUGCACGCUCCUCAGUUUCCAGAAGGUUGCCUGAUUCUUCAGUGAGGCGCAUGGCUUCCAUAACUAUCAGUAUUAGCCGUGAUUCGACUAUGCAUAAUUGUUUCCUAGUGAAAUAAGUGCCUCAUGCACACUGUUUAGGCCCUUCAAUGCUGCCUGAACUUGAAGUGGUCCUUCAUGGACUGAUAGAUAAUAUAUGUGCGUCACUGUAGGUAAGCAAGCGAAUCAUAUGUUCUAUGCAUGGUGUCAAGACUCCGUUAGCAGUUCCUAUAUUUUUAGAUGUUCAAACUCAAGUCUGAACAUGCCAAACUUUAGCAAUUAAAGCCUUGUGUUGCUCCUUAUACUUGUAUUUAGGCAGCUGAACAAUGGCAUGUUUUGCACUGAUUA